ACCUCAGAUUUUUUUUUCUCUUUCUAGUGCGGCUCAUAUCAGAUCAUCUAUUUGCCGUUCCUUUAAUCUUGCCCGCAAUCGAGAUGCUAUAUGAUCCUCCGGGGAGAGCCUUACCGGGCGGAGAGCCCUGCCUAGCCCAGCCCUGCGUGUUCCCCCCCCUUCUCCCAUGAAAAGCUCUCUCUCUUUUUUUCGUCUCCUAUCUGUCGAUCUCGAGAUUUUAACCUAUGUCCUCUAGACAAAAACGCCACAAGACGUAGUGGUGUAUGCCGUAUUGGGCCCUGACGAAAACGCGACGAAAACCAGUGCAGCACGAUGGCGUCCCUACGACUGCUCCUCUUCCUCCUCCUUCCCGUCUUCGUGUCUUUAGCUCUCGUCAUCGCCACGCCGAGCCUCGUGACGUACAUGCCGGACUGCGCGCAAGACUGCAUCCUGAAGUCUCUCAACGGGACCUGCACCGGGCCGGAAGACUCGCAGUGUCUGUGCAAUAACAUGCGGACUAUCGGUGUGGGCUCGGUGCCCUGCGCCUCGGCAGCCUGUAAUAACUCGACGGAGGGGGUCGCAAACGAACUCCGGUCGGGAUUCAUCAAGUAUUGCGGCGCCGCCGGGGUCUCGGUGUCUCCAGAGGCCACCGCGAUACCAAGUUUUGGAUGGGGUGGUGGUGGCUUGGGAGGAGCGAGCAUGACGGCAGCAAGUACUACUACUAGCACACCAACUUCCUCCUCUUCAACAAACGUUGCAGCCACGGGAGAAGCGGAGACUUCAGCGAACGCGUCAGCCCCAACCUCAAGCGUUGGCGGCGGCGGUCUAAGCGCGGGGGCCAUAGCCGGGAUAGCCGUGGGCGGUGUUGUCGCCGUAGUCUCGACCACGGGGGGCCUUCUACUCCUCGCUUUCCGACUUGGCCGGAACCACUCCAACCGGAAGAAAGACGAGGCCGCGCCGUCGGGACAGCGAGAAGACGGCGACGGUAGCCCCGAUCCCAGUAAUUCGGCCAACGAGGUGAUCACGGCGGAUAAGCCGCAGUUGGAAGGCAAGCCCUUGAACGAGCUCCCGACUGAGUACACGUUAUCCGGGUUCGACCCCAUCAAGGAAUUACCGACGGAAGAGCGGCCCGUGGAGCUCAGCGCCGACUCGUUGCUGCGGUACUCGAACAAUGGGACCCCUGUGUUGCCUAGUACAUCGUGGAGAUGAUGGGGGCGAGAGUGUGCGGAUAUUUCGAAGACGAAAUAU